AUGUCAGUUGUUCAAUCUCCGCGGCAUGCGUCUAUUGUUGGCGGUCAAUUGGGUGGUAGUGGAAAUAAUGAUCAUGGGUUAACGAAUGUAGAUGAAAGUGGAAGAGAAGGAAUGAAUGUUGGUAAAGGAUCACAAGAGUCUGGUGGAGGGCUAAGUAAUGCUAGUUCAGGGUUUGGAGGUAAUGAUGGGGCAAAUUCUGCCUCUGCAACUGGAUCGCACAAAAGACUUGAUCUAGAAGAGAUGGUUGCGGAGUUUAGCGGUUUGCUGGGCAAGGAAACUUGGUCUAAGUACGCGCAAAUUAUCAGUCUUUUCAUUCUGGGAAAACUUUCUAGGAAGGAGCUGGUUCAGGAGCUGGAUCUUUUGUUGACUCCUACACAGUCUGCAACUGAAUCUAGUUCGCCGGCAGUGAGCCGUCCUCUACUGGUACGAUUGCAUAACCAACUUCUGCUGGCGAUGUUGACUAAUGCACUUCGAGAUUCUCCCAUGGGGUCUAAGUCGUCUGACUCGUGGGGGUUCCAAAAUGGUACAGCAUAUCAGAAUAAAAAGCGUAUAAAUAAGCACAAUUCGCAGAUAGAGACAUAUAAGAAGAUUGUCAUGUCUCUACCGAUGAAGGAUAGACAGAGGUUAAAGGAAAUUACCAAAGAAACCGGGAAGAGGGGUUUUGUUUUAUGUUCAGUGUUACAAAAUCGUCUGGCAAAUAUUCCAAAAAUACCAAUCGUAACGAAUCAAGAAACCCUAAAAAGAGUUAAAGCGCACAACCUAAAUACACCUCUGGAAUGGUCCCAGGAGAUUGUUAGUGGUCUGUCUGCUCCUUUGGCUACGGAGAGUUAUUCUUUGCCAGAUAAUGAUACUUUAUAUCUUCGGAUGGUUAGCGCAGCUCGUGAACAUGGAUUGGUGGGUGCUGUUGAUGGUCGAUGUGUUGAAAUACUGUCCCUAGCGCUAGAAUAUUAUCUCAAAACAAUCGUGGAGUCUGCUAUUAACACUGUUAGAUACAGAGAGAAAAAAUACUCUGACUAUUACGAUUUGAACCAUUAUGGGUUUCAACAACCGAUAGGCGAGGUUUCGGAAACUAAUGAUUCUAAGAAUAAGCUGAUUUCCUUAAGUAAUGAAGACUUGCAGGAGACGUUUACAAUUUAUCCGAAUUUGGUAGAACCAACGGGUGCAUUCUUUAGAUUGAACGCAAGUCGCCUGAUAAAUGAUGAUGAAUUAGUUCACUUUAAAAGUCCUAUCGAUGACUUGCCACAAUUUCUGGAGGACAAACCUACCUUUACUCCUGUUGAUGAACGUAAUAUGGGUACAAAAGAGGAGCUGAACUGGUUGAUAAGGGAUAUACUUACUAAGGAAUAG